GGAGAGGCGCCUGGGGGGAACCCCAUGGUGGCAGGUUUCCAAGACGACCUGGAUUUGGAUGACAAAAUCCCAAGCAGACCCGUGCUGGCAGCAGAACAGGUGCCCAGCAAGAACAUCACCCUCUCCAGUGAGGAGGAGGAAGAGGAAGAGAUGAAGGACUCUAAGGUCGUACUCAUACCUGAUGAAGACACAGAGCAGGAAAAAAAAAGGUCUUCCAGAAAUUCUCUGAAUCCACAGAGUGAAGCAAUUUUGACCAAAGCAACUGACCCGAAGCCUCCUGACAGUUUACCUCCACGUUCUGGGUCUGAAAGAAACAGCAGCAGCAAGCUCAACACUAGCCUGCCCGCUGCCGCUGCCCCCCCAGCAGCGGUCCUGGCCCCAAAGACCACUUCCCAAAGCAAAGGACAUGCUCUCAAGCAGAAAGUGGUCAAAGAGGAAAAGCCCGAGGAGUCUGACAGUGAUCAAGAGGGACCAAUAGCUACUCAGAUGCUCUCAUUUGUUAUGGAUGACCCAGACUUCGAAAGUGAGGAUUCUGACAGCCAGAAGAAGAAAAUGGAUGAGUUCCCGGUCCGGGAAGAUCUCUCUGAAAUAUCUGAUGAUGAUACCUCGUUGGCAAAGCCACCCCAGCCUGUGAAAUCCACAGUCCACUCCUUUAAACUGAAAAAUGACUCGGAUCUCUUUGGUUUGGGUUUGGAAGAAACUGGUCCCAAGGAGAGCAGUGAGGAAG